AUGGCAGGAAAGCAAGCAACCAUAGCUCUCUUAUUCCUCUCCCUCUUUUUCUCAGAGUUUACAUCGGGACUAGCGGCGGCAUCGACUCGGAAGGACGGGAAGAAACUUGGGACGGUGAUUGGGAUUGAUCUGGGGACGACAUACUCAUGUGUCGGGGUGUACCGAAAUGGACGAGUGGAGAUCAUCGCGAACGACCAGGGGAACAGGAUCACUCCGUCGUGGGUGGCCUUCACCGACGACGAGCGCCUCAUCGGGGAGGCCGCGAAGAACCAGGCCCCCCUCAAUCCGGAGCGCACCAUCUUCGACAUUAAGCGCCUCAUCGGACGGCGGUAA